AUGCUUGAGAACUGCCAAAGGCACCACAUGGUCUUGGGACUGGCCGCCCUUACCCUGUUGACCAUUCUGGUGCUCAUAAUCGAAUCUCGCUACGCAGCCGAGGGCGGCUCGGCGCGUCAUCGGAGCCAACAGUUUGUGAUUGAGAACAAUGCGACGUGCUGGAAACAUGAGACGUAUACAGUGGUCCAGGAGUGUCAUCCCUGCUCCGAGUUCGACAUAGUCAGUCGCAGUCUGGGCGUCUGUAUACACACUCACUUCAAGGAGGUGCUGCGCUGCAAGAGUGGCGAGAUUGUGACCAAAAGUUGUGAUCGCGUCGCCCUCAUCGAUCAGCGAAAUUUCAUCAAAUUCGAAGCGAUUGCAUUUCUGAUUGGGGUAUUCAGCUAUUUGGUCAGCUAUGCCAGAGAUCGCUUCUUGUCCCGGCGAAACUAUCAACGCAUCGAACGUCAGCUGAAUCGGGUGCAAUAGCAGUAUCAGGUGAAAGAGCAACAACAGGAGAUUCCCCCUUCGAAGGAUACUCAAAUUUACAUUAUUAAUUGUAAACGAUUUUGCAUAAUUUAUUUAGCUUUAAGUACAUUAAAUUCACAUACACACUAA